CUAAAACUGGUUACAAUGAUUCAGAUGGAUCUCGUUUCGCUCAUUCUAAAGUUAUCAAUUUUUGGAAUAUUCCUGAUAUUACUAUACUUAUACGCGACCAGAAACUUCAACUAUUGGAAGAAACGAAACAUAAAAUAUGUAGAACCUGUUCCAUUUAUUGGUAAUUUAGGUCCUGUAAUAGCUUUAAAGACAAAUAUCGGAUUUUUCCUUUUGGAUAUGUGUGAAACACUUAAAAGUGAUGUCUUCGGAUUCUUUGCUUUUGACACGCCUUUUUUGGUAGUAACGUCACCGAAAUUACUUAAAAACAUACUAGUAAAGGAUUUUUCCAUUUUUAACGAUAGAAUAAUAUCGACUCCUAAAAAUCAUCCAAUUUUGCAAAAUGCAAUGUUUUUGGCAAAAGGUCCAUCUUGGAAACACGUUCGCUCCAAAUCAACUCCAGCAUUUACCUCUGGCAAACUAAAGGGCAUGUUUCUACUGAUCUUAAAAGAAUGUAAACUACUCACAGACUACAUUGAGAACUUUGCCGAUCUACCUAACGUUGAGGCCAAAGAGAUAUGUGCUAAAUAUUCUACUAACGUUAUAGCCAGAUGUGCAUUUGCAGUGGAAGCAAAUUCGUUUAAAAGUGAAGAUGCGGAAUUUAGAAAAAUUGGACGUCUAAUGUUUGAUACGAGACUUUCAACAGCCAUAAGACAAACACUAUGCUGGUUCUCGCCAAUGCUAGUUAAUACAUUUGGUAUUUCAUUUUUCGAAGAUAAAUGUAUUACAAGGUUAUCGGAAAUUUUUAAAGAAGUCUUACAUACAAGAAUGAAUUCCAACGAAAACAUGUCGAGUGAUUUAAUAGAUGUACUAUUAGAGUCCAAGAAAAAAGGAACGGAAUUAUCUGAAGAUGUAAUGGUAGGGUCAGCCUUUCAAUUCUUCGCUGCUGGAUUCGAAACAGUUAGUAGCGUAUUAAGUUUUACGUUAUAUGAACUUACUGUUAAUCCAGAUAUACAGCGACGCUUAAGAAAAGAAAUUCUAAAACAUAUUGAUGAAAACGGAUUAACUUAUGAGUCCCUUAAUGAUAUGAAAUAUUUAGAUAUGUGUCUAUCAGAGGCUUUAAGGAAAUAUCCUACUUUACCCUUUAUUGAUAGGGUAUGCAAUGCAGAUUAUAAGCUAACCGAUGAGAUCACAAUUGAAAAAGGAACUAAGAUAUUUGUUCCUCUUUUCGGACUGCAUUAUCAUAAAGAAUUAUUCCCUGACCCUUAUAAGUAUGAUCCCGAAAGAUUUGCAGAUAAAUCAUUGAUUAAUGCUGAUAAUAUGCUCUACUAUAUGCCUUUUGGUGAAGGACCAAGGAUAUGUAUUGGGAACAGAUUUGGUCUAAUGGGAGUAAAAACCGCCAUAGUUGCAAUUUUGUCUAAAUUCGAACUCGUUAAAAGCGAUAGGACUCCGGAACUCAUUGACUUUGCUCCUGAAGGCGUUUUGCUACAGUCAAAAAUAGGAAUUCCAAUUACCUUCAAACAUUUGUACACUUAUGUUUCUGAUAGGAAAACCCUAGAAGAUUUUGUCUGGGAAAUUGCUGAUACCCUCCGAGAAAGUAGAGAUGAAAGUUUCACUCACGUACCCCAGAAGGAACGCUAUAUUAUGGAUCUCAGCUCGCUUACACUAAAGUUAUUGUUCUUUGGACUAUUGCUGAUACUAAUAUACUUAUAUGGAACCAGAAACUUGAACUAUUGGAAGAAACGAAACAUAAAAUAUGUCAAACCCCUUCCAUUUGUUGGUAAUCUGGGUCCUGUAUUAGCUUUAAAGAAAAAUAUCGGAUUUUUCCUUCUGGAACUGUGCGAAACACUCAAGACUGAUGUCUUCGGAUUCUUUGCAUUUAACACGCCUUUUCUAAUAGUAACGUCACCGAAGCUGCUUAAAAAAAUCCUGGUUAAAGAUUUUAAUAGUUUUACCGAUAGGAUUGUAUUGGGCGCUGAGGGUCAUCCGAUUAUGGAAAAUUUUAUGUUUCUGGCAAAAGGUCCCUCUUGGAAAUACGUACGUUCCAAGUCAACACCAGUUUUUACCUCUGGCAGGCUAAAAAACAUGUUUUUACUGAUUUUAAAAGAAUCCGAACUGAUGACCAAUUAUAUCAAGAAAUUUGCAAACCUACCUAACAUUGAGGCCAAAGAAAUAUGUGCUAGAUAUGCUACUAACGUUAUAGCCAGGUGUGCGUUUGCCGUUGAGGCGAAUUCGUUUGAAAGGGAAGAUGCAGAAUUUAGGAAAAUUGGAGAGAUGAUAUUUGAUGUAAGAAUAUCAACUGCUAUUAGACAAUCCCUAUGCUGGUUCUCGCCGACGUUAGUAAAGCUAUUUAAGAUUACAAUCCUCGAAGAAAAACAUAUAAGAAGAUUGACAGAAAUUUUUAAAGAAGUCUUACAUACAAGAAUGAACACCAACGAGAAUAUGCCGAGUGAUUUAAUAGAUGUUAUGUUAGAAUCCAAGAAAAAAGGCAUGGAAAUGACUGAGAAUAUAAUGGUAGGCUCAGCUCUUCAAUUUUUUGUCGCUGGAUUUGAAACAGUUAGUAACGUGUUAAGUUUUAUGUUGUACGAACUGGCCAUCCAUCCAGAUAUACAGCGACGGUUAAGAAAAGAAAUUCUGGAGCAUACUGAUGAGGAUGGAUUAACUUAUGAGUCCCUUAAUAACAUGAAAUAUUUAGACAUGUGUGUAUCAGAGGGUUUAAGGAAAUAUCCUACUUUACCCUUUCUUGAUAGGGUAUGCAACGCUGAUUAUAAAAUAUCAGAUAAAAUCACAAUUGAAAAAGGAACGAAGAUCUUUGUUCCUCUUUUAGCAAUGCAUUAUAAUAAGGAGCUAUUCCCUGACCCUUAUAAGUUUGAUCCAGAAAGAUUUGCAGAUAAAUCAUUGAUUAACGCUGAUAAUAUGCUCUACUAUAUGCCUUUUGGUGAAGGACCAAGGAUAUGUAUUGGGAACAGAUUUGGUCUAAUUGGCGUAAAAACUGCAAUAGCUGCGAUCUUAUCUAAAUACGAAUUGGUGAAGAGCGAUCAGACUCCAGAACCUAUAGUGUACGCUCCCGAAAGUUUUGUGCUGCAGUCGACUGUAGGUAUUCCAAUUACAUUCAAAUAUUUGUAAUAAUCUUAUGAAUGUUAUGUAUCAACGUGUUGACUGUAAAACAAUGAUGACUGUAAAACAAGUGAUUUUUUGUAAUUUUAAAUAUUCCAACUAAUUAAAUAUUCUAAAAAUA